AUGUCCUCAAACACCAACCACAACCAUCAAUCAACCUCUUCUGCCGACAUCGCGUCUCAGUCAAACCCGAGUCUUUCGAUCGAUCCAAGCACCGGCUACUCUCCCAGCGAUAAUCAGCUCGCAGGACUCGUGGAAGCUGCGACCGCAGCUGCCGGACAAGAUGUGUCUCCUCAGUGGGCCGCUGCUGUCGCAACAGCUGCCGGGGUAGCAGGUCACCAUCAACUGGAUACCUACGGCGCGGAUAUGCAUCUUGGUGACGAUGGCUUUAACGAGACCAGCUUUGCAAGUGGGUUAAGCAAUGCACGUCACAUCCGAGUCCAGAACGACCACGCGCAAGGUUCCGGACUGUCUCGUACAGCCUCGAAGAAACGGAAGCGCAACGAGGACAACCUCGAUCCUGCACUUGCCGGUGCUGGGAUCUCUGGAUCGCAGCCACAGGCGCAUCCGCAACCACAGCAAAGUCACCAGCCUUAUCCCAGCGGUAAUUUCGACAUUCGUCCCGUUCCUCCCCAGGCACUUGCUGAUGCGCGUUCAGUUGGUGUCCACUCCGCUGCAGCGCUUUUCCGCCAGCCGUCUGAAAACAAGAAGUACACUCGGCCCCCCAUGUCAAAGUUGUUCACCUCGUUGGAACUGUCGCCCGAGAACUUUUUGCACCUCCAGGCUGCGGCGAAAGCCUUCAUGUUAAAUGAUGAACACCCUGAACGGCGGAAUUGCGUUGGCCAGCGAGGCACAGGGGACACUGAAAUGGUGAAGCUGCGCCUUUGGAAUUGCGUCCGACAAUUCCUUGACGACGAGGGGAACGGGGAACGGUUUUUUGGAGAAAACGUGGUAAAUGAGGGGCUUGGACCGCGAGAAUUUGUGUGGCCCAGAGACCAGCAGAAGAUCAUCGCUCUGGUCAUCCCUCUCUUGCGUCGCAUGGUCACAAACGAGCGUCAGCGUCAAUACGCAAUCGAAACGCGAAAGGGCGCUGGCGGUGACGAGCGUCGCCGUCGCAAAACGAGUGAAAAUCUGCAAGACAAUUCCUCUACCUCCAAUUCUGCUCGCUUCUCUCCCGGACAACAGCUGCAACAUCUGCACACCCAAACGCAGUCGAUGCACACAGCUCACUCGGCGCCGCCCCUCACUGUACCCUCUCAACCUGCACAGGGCGCCCAAAUGCAGAUUGAGUCUGGUCAGAUCAUGGACGUUGGACUCAACGACCUGCUUUUGGACGGAUACACCGUCGACUGGAAUGAUAUGGCCAGGUCCUAUGACAUGUACAACCACAAUUACGAACUGGAUAGUCUUUGGUCCGUCUCGGGCCUCGAUCAGCCCGAGUGGCGUGGCCUUGUUGCGGCUGUCGAUAGCCAUUAUCAGGUUGUUCAUCACGGUGAUUUCAAUUGCCCGGCACCUUGUGAGGAUGCGAACAUUUCCCGUAUUGUCCAUGCAGAUGCCACGGCAAACCUCUCUUGGCGUGUUGGGGGAGCUCGAAAUCCACUUGCUCGAGACGCGUUCGUCAGCGGCAUCACUCGCGACGUUGCUCGAGUCAUUCGAGAGACUUUGGCCAGCCGGACUGGUGCCCAUCCCGCUAGCCAGUUACCAGCUGGUCCUGAUCAGCCUUUCCCCACCCAACCCUCCUUUGUGUCUUCUAACGAGGCCAAGAACGAGGGCACCCCAAACUUGUCGUCAUCCCACCACACGUCCCACACUCAAAUUCUGCUUCACAUCAACGUGCUUCAUCGUGGGAAGCGCAUUCUCCCCCGCAUUGAUCUCCCGGCUGGUCAGUGCCCGAACGUGGAUACCAUCAAAGAGUCGGUCAUUCGGCGGUACCACAAUCAGAUUCCUGGUCUUCCUGCAUUGUCAGGGGUCGAUGGGUUUGACCAGCAAGUCCGGGACAUGGCUGGAGCGGUCACCUGGAGCGUUAAGGCUCUGCUGUCCGACGGUCUGGUGACGGUUCAAAGCGAAAAGGAUUGGGCAUUUGCUCUCUUGUCCGCAGAUACCGUAGAUUGGAUGGAUGGCGACUUGAAGAUUCUCAUUAAUGUUGACGGCGAUAAUACCCAGUAG